AUGGAGGUUGCCACAUCGGGGGAAGAGGGGGUUGAAAUGGGUGGGUGGCGAUUUGGGGGUUGGGGGUGGGAGAAGAAAUCGAGGGAGAUAGGGGAGGGGUUUGAGAGGGGCGAGGGAUGGCAGAGGGGAGAAGGAAUUGAAGGGAGGUUAAAUGGGUGGGUAGCGGUUUGGGGGUGGGAGUGGGGGAAUAAUCAAGUUCAUCAUAUGAGCAAAUGUUCAAAGAUAGUUGGUGGAUGGAAGCUUAAAUCCCCAGAAUCUGAAACCUGGAUGGGGGCUCGAGGAGAAAGAGGGAGAAGGAGGAGAUAA